UGUUUAAGCGCAAUCUCCAAAACAUGUUUUUUCGAUAAUCAUCAAUAGAUUUCUACAAUCGGUCAGAGACAGGAUGUCCACGGGGAAAAACAUCUGGCAAGCGGCGGCCACUGGAGAUCCGAUUGCACUCCAGCAAUGUCUGCAGAAGAAAUCCAGCAAGAACAGGCUCAUCAAGGUGGGACACUUUCGCGAUAACCAUAACUGGACCUUGUUGCAUCAUACGGUGGCUAGUGGGAAUUCGGAAUGUGUCGAGCUACUGCUCUCCAAGACCGACAUUGAUGUGAAGGCUCGUUGCUACGAAGGCCGUACAGCACUAUUCCUGGCCUGUAUGAAGGAAGUCCAGAUCGAGAUCGCCGAAAUGUUACUGGCAAAGAAUGCAACCCUUGUAAACGUAUCAAACAACGAAUACAUUACUCCUCUACACAUAGCCGUAGAACGACGGAACUUGAACCUGGUCGAACUACUAGUUGAACAUGGCGCUAACGUAAAUGCACCAGAUUUCGCCGGAGAAACUCCGCUCCAUUCGGCGUUGGAAUUUGGACACGUAGAGAUUCUGGUUCACUUGCUGUACGUUGGACACGCUGAUGCAAAUGUACGAUCGGAAAACGAUAUCGACGCGCUGGAGAUGUUGGCCGCACGAGGGAAUUACGAUUUGAAGACGAAAAUUGCCUGCUUCAAGCUACUCUUCAACUACAUGCACAGGAAGCAGGAAUACCGGCAGAAAUACCGGAUGGAAGAUAUUUAUGCUGUGGCGUUACUUAGCUACCGGUCAACGUCCCUAAUUCCUUAUUUUGUGGAAAUCGCUUUACUGUGGGAAGCGAACCUCGAUAAACGACGAUUGGCUAGAGAACUUCUGGAAGGACCCAGAGAUCAGUAUCAGACCAGCAGGUUUAGUGAUCGCGUGAACAGGAAUCUGUACCAUUUCCUUGCGUUGUUGCUCUCUGAUGAUGAAGGAAUACGACGACUGCAGGAUGAUUUCAUGAACUAUGAAGUAAUCUAUAGCCACUCGUUGAUCCAGAAUGAACUGGUUGCCCUGAGUGUUGCGGCAAUUCGUGAAGAUGACAACGAGAAAAAACUGCGGAUGCUGUUGGAAUAUCUUGAUUUCGUGAAGCACCUGGUUUACUUUUUCUCGGAUCAUCUGGCGGAAACGUUAGAUAUGAUCAAGAACGUUCUAAUGAACGAUGAAGCAGACCAGAACGAAGCGAUGACCGCGGUUGAGCUGUACCGAUACGAAACGGUCGUGAAUAAAAUAAUAGAAAUUACUUCAGUGGAAGCCGACACGGUUCUGCUCACCAUGACUGCCUCGGUGAGUGAUCUUCAUUUGCAGGCGAAGUUUUUCCAUCCGGUCGUCGGAUUCUGCACGGAUGUUUUCAUGGACGAACGUUGGCUAACGGCUGCCAAUCUCGAGAAGGCAAUGUACUCCAAACUGUUGCAUAGGCACGGAACGCUCCGGUUGGUACAGAGUUGCCACGGGUACCGGUUCGAGGAGUUCACGCUGCUGCGACAGACGCGGGAUGUCGUCCGUAAAGCGGUGCUCAAUGCCAUCGACGAGGACGAGAAGAAACGCGAUUUGGUGUUCGUUGCACGGUUGAACGCGUUGGAAAUUCCACAGAAUUUGAUCCGGUACUUGCGAUAUCUGUAAGUUGUGAUUUAGGUACGUGUUUUUGUUUACCCCAAAGAAAAACGAA